AAUUUCAUUGUCGCGAUUCCUUGUGACUUUAAAUUCGUAGAAAUUGAUCCGCAAUACCCCAAAGAUCUCGAUCGAAUAGAUUUGAAUGAUAUCUCGGAGCAACAAAAAUUUGUAGGUCCGGGAAAUAUUUUUCAAUGUGACGAAAAAAUUGAAAAUCUUGAAAAUGUUGGUGGAUCAUCCAUACCUAGUGCCAGUUCAAAUCAGAAUCAACCAGAUCUUUUUACGCUUCCUGAUGAGGAUUACUUUGAAGAUAUAGAAUCAACUUGUCAAGUUAGCAGAAGAACGAUUCAACCAAAAGCUUUGAACAAUAUUUACAAUAAACUCACAAAAGUAGUAAAUACUGCAAGCUUUAUACAAUCAAUUCAUAUCGAGCAGUGCGUAACCAAAAAUGAGCCAUGCAAUAGCGGUAGCAAUGCUCCGACGGGAACAACUUACAUCUGCCGUCAAAAGCACGUUCGAAUUACUUUGAAGGCUAUCAAAGAAGAUGAUGGAAAUAUGAUUGUUGAUGAACAGUUUUAUUAUCCUUCUCAUUGUGUAUGCGAACUUGUGACGAUUAAGCCUAAAAAGAAAAAAGAACUUCAAAGUUCAAUAAUGAAAUGUAUGCAAAUAAAUCCUUUUAAGUAGAUACAAAGCUGGAAAGUUGAAAAGCAAGUGAAUAAAAGUUAAAAACAGAUUUGUUUAAAGAUCCUA